AAUUAAUUCCUAAUUUGUUGAUACAAAAUAUAAGCAAUUAUGACUCAUUUUCCUUAAUAGCAAGACUCACUAAGAUACGCAUAAUCUUCUCCUUUAUAAAGUCAUGAAGAAAAUAUAAACUCCAUUAUUAUUCUUCUAUUCCAUCUAUAAGAAGCUUGUGAAGAAGACCGUUACACUCUAAGGUUCUUCUCUUCUCUUUAUUAUAUAUAGUAAAAAGAACUCUCUUCAUUCUGUUUACUUUUUAUUGCUUGUUUUUCUUUUCCCUUAUAUAUUGUGCAGCCUUCUUUUCUUUUUUGUAUAAACUUCUUGACAACGUUUUAUUUUUUAUUUUCCUUGUGCUAUUUAGUUGCUCUACUGAGUUUUCUUUAAUGAUCAUUCCAGUUUGAUUCAAAUUGUUCAUUGUCUUUGCCUAUUCAAUCAUAUAUUCUUCCACUGAAAUAAUGGCUUUUUUGUUGGUAUGUUAAUAUAGCGUUUUAAGCAUAUUUUUGACAAUCAAUGGCUUCUUCUUCUUUUCCCUACUUACGGAUGGUGAUCAAUCGUUGCUAAAACUUUCUCCAGUUUGCUAGAUCAAGAGAUAUGGGGCGUGGAAAGCUAAAUAUGGAACUGAUAAGUAAUGAGAAGUCUCGUAUGAUAACGUAUCACAAAAGAAAGAAGGGUCUGACAAAGAAAGUGCAAGAAUUUCAUAUUCUUUGUGAUGUAGAUGCAUGCAUAAUCAUCUUUAGUCCUAAAUUCAAUAAUCGUUCGUUUGAUAUUGAGACAUGGCCUUCCAACCGCUAUGAAAUGAGGCGAAUUAUUAAUAGAUACCGAUCUCAGGAUAAUGAUCGUAAGAGAAAUCAAGAUUUAUCUCAUUUUUUUAUUGCUCGGAAGAAGAAAAUUGAUGAGGAUAUAGCAAAAAUGCGGAAGGCGCAUAUGGAAGCUAAGUAUCCAGCUUGGGAUAAUCGUAUAAACCUAUUGCAACUUCACGAACUUAGUGUACUUGCAAGUGUUCUUCAGUCCAAGAUUGAAGUUGCAACCGCUAGGGUUAUGAAGAUAAGAGGCGAGAGUGACCAUUAUUUCAUGGUUGAUUCCAAGUCAGGGAUUAUUCAUGGAGGACCCAUCAGUCAUAACAUUAGACCAAAUCCGAUGGCUGCUACUUUUGCCAAUGCCUUGGUUCCAAAGAGUCUGGAAUUAGAAGCUUUCAAUAACAAGCAACAACCCUUUUAUUGUACAAGUCAAUUUGAUCAUCCGACAUCUUCGCAUAAUCAGAUGCUUCCAGCACUCAAUGUUAAUAAUCCUACCAAUAGUUCAACGUUGAUGACGAUGAUGAUGGCGAAUGGCGAUGAUCUGAACCAGUUUUCUGGCGAGUGCAGUAGCGAGAGAGCAUGUAGCAUUAUUAAAGAUGUUACUUAUUUUGAUCCUCCAACAACUCAUCAUCAGCUGGUAGGGAACAUGAUGAUUAGUCCGAGGGCUCACCCUGUAAGCUCCAGUGGUCUAAACAGGCAGCUGCCAAUGUUGCCUUACAGGCAGGAUUCAGCACAGAUGCCUAAUGCUUCUUCUCAUCAAUUGCGAACUCCUCCAUUCUCUGAGUUCUGUGAUUUUAAUGAGAGACAAUAAACAAGGUGCAAAAUAUUGCAAUCAUAGACUUGGUUUUUUUUUUUUUUUUUUCUUUUUCCAAUUGUGUUUUCUUUUACUUUUUUCCUAGGAUUUUAUUUUCAGCAUUUUCUGGAUUAAUCUUUUUGAAUUUUAUUUGGUAGUCACUACAUUUGCUCUUACUUAUUUUAUUAUGAUUAGCGGCAAUCAAUACUUUUUUUUUUUCAAAUCAUAUUGAACACGCUUAUAAUCAUCGCAAUUGAAUUAAAAUUGUCAUAUUAGUGACAUAACUACAAUUAAGAAGAUACGAGCUAAUUCUGUU